AUGGUCUCAUCCAAAUCGCUUUUUUUGGCCUUACCUUUCCUCGCUCAUUGCACCCAUGCGGCCCCGACGAAUUCAUCGCAAACCGCUAACCUUGCAGCAACGUUCCCGAAUGUCCCAGCUAUCCAAGACGUCGCAGUCGUUCAAGGGGCCAAUAACCAUCCCGCUUUUUUGUUUUACCAAGACGUGGCUUCAGCAGAUCUCAUAGCUGCGACGGUAUCCGAAGAUGGUUCUGAAAUUAUAAACACCGAAUCGAUUGUACCGAAUGCGGAGUUGUUUAUUGGUGGUCCGAUUGCGGCUGUAACGCUGGAUGCAUCCGAGCUGAGCGUUUUCUACGUUAACCAAGACACUGUUAUCUCUGAAGUCCGUCGGGACUCUACUACCGGAGAGUGGACACGAGGCUCCGCCUGUCCUGAGUGUAUCGACAACCAGGUGUCGUUCAAAAUCCUCCGAGCGAGUAAAAUUUUGUUCCCGAUGUGGACCAGUAAUACAGCCAGCACGGCCGAGAUUCGGCUUGUGUUUGUGCCACCGAGCUCUACGGGUGAUGCUGUUACGGUUUCGGAAGCUGAGAGACAAAAUGGGGUGUGGAGUUUACAUCCUUUGGUUACGUCUCAGAACACUCCGGCACAGAUCAACACGGAUGCAUUUGGGGAUAUUAUUGCUAUUCAAGGAGCUGAUAAUAAGCCUUCGUUCUUGCUUUACAGAGACUUUACAAACCAGGCAAUGGGAGACCUUAAGUCUGUGACGAUCACGGACGCGUUUUCGGUUGGACAUGUUGCGGCUGAAACUUCGAUUGUUCCGGCGAAUGGAAUGUUCGAGGAUUGUCCGCUUGCGGUCGUACAGUUAGGUCAAGGGGCGAGCGAUCUCGGCGAUAUACGAGUUUUUUACGGUAACGCGGAUUUCAUUCUGUCCGAAAUCCGUUGGACUGGUGGCAGUGGAUGGGUGGGAGGCUCUGAUUGCCCGGAGUGCAUCGAAAAUCAAGCCUCCUUCGAGCUGUUUGGUCGCAGCGUUUUGUAUGCGAUGGGAACGGAGGAUUCUCAGACUGGGAGCACGGAGAUUAGGCUUGGGUUUGAGACAGGGUCACCUGAUAAUGAUGGGGAUUUUGGCAAAAUAGUUGAGGUUGUCAGUAAGGAUGGGGUGUGGAGUCCGAGCACUUGA